CUGCACCGCCUCCCAGGAUUCCGCCCGGCCCCUCGGCUCUUCCUCUCCGCACCUUCCCGCACUCAGCCUGGUCUGGCUUUCCCUGCUCAGCGCCAUGCGACUCUUUCCCCGCGCCCUGGUGCUCUGGGGGUUCCUGUGUUGCGGCUGCGGCUCGGGUCUUCUUGAGCUCUCCUUGGGAAAAUUCAGAAACGUGCUACUUAACCAGACCAACCCAGUGGAAGCCGUAAUCAGGAACAUUGCAAGCAAUGUGACCGUUGUUAUUUUUCAAGUACAUGCCCAGCAAAAUGAUGUGGUGAUAUCCUUUGAUAAGAAUCCAUCUGUGAAUAGCUCAGGAACUGGAGUAGACAAAGGACUGGUUACCAUCCUUCGGCCUCAGCAGAGUGUAUGUACAUGGUACCUUCGGUCACUGGAUGCUAGCCAGGUGCUCAGCACAGCUAUCUCUAUUCCCUAUACGGAGAAAGAUCCUAUACCUGGAGGCUGCAAUCUAGAAUUUGACUUGGAAGUGGAUCCAAAUAUUUAUCUAGACUAUACAUUGGUUGAUACACACAUCAAGUUUGCCCCUGCAAACUUGGGAUAUACCAGAGGAGCAAACCCACCAUCCUGUGAUUCAGGGACUGGUCAGAACUCCAGAUGGCGGUUGCGCUACGAUGUCUACCAGUACUUCUUGCCAGAGAAUGAACUUUCUCAGAUGGUACUCAUGAGCCACAUACGGAAGAUGUCUGAAGUGCAAAGUAUCAAAGCUAAUGGCUUUAAAAUGCUUACACUGACAAGUGAUGACAAGACCAAUAUCUACUUUUCCUCGCUUCCUGGACAAGGUGUGAUCUACAAUGUCAUAGUAUGGGAUCCUCUUUGGAAUACAUCUGCUGCAUACAUACCUGUGCAUACAUAUGCCUGCAGCUUUUCUGACUUAGUGGAUAACUGCUUUUCUCUCAGCAAAAUAUCUACCAAAAUAUUCUUCACUGCUCUUGCCGUUCUUGGUCUUUUCACUUGUUUUUUUGGGCACAGAUUCUGGAAAACAGACUUGUUCUUUAUGGGCUUCAUAUUCACAGGAUUCUUCUUCUUCAUAUUCAUUACAAGAGUAACUGGCCUUGGUUAUGAUGUGCGUCUUAUUUUGACAGCAGUAACUGGAGUUAUUGGAGGUCUUUUCCUGGUUGCCAACUGGUGGAGAUUUGGCUCUGUCGUACUUUGUAUGUUUGUUAUUGGACUUGUGCUGGGAUUUCUCUUUUCAUCAACGGUCUUCUUUACUCCACUAGGAGACUACAGGGUCUUCCGUGACGAUGUUGUGUUCUGGGUGACCUUUUCUUCUGUAGCCUUGAUGAUUCCAGUGCUUUUUGUUGGCUGUCCAAGAAUUCUGAACAUACUGGCAUCUGGAAUAGUAGGCUCUUACACAGUGAUCCUGGCUAUUGCUUGUUAUGUAUACACGAGUCUUGCUUACAUCACCUUAAACUUACUCAGAAGGGUCCUCAAUGACUAUUUCAACAGAGCUUACACCAAUGUGCCUUUUCAAACAAAUGACUUCAUUAUCCUGUCAGUGUGGACAAUGCUGGCCCUCAGUGGAGUAACAGUGCAGCUUCGCCGAGAGAGAAGUGAAGUGCCCUUCCCACCACACCCCUAUCUUACCUGGAAGCGGGAAAGGGAGCGCAGAAGUACCAAUGUCUUAGACCCUAGCCACCAUAUCCCUCCUCUAAGAGAGAGAAUCCAUAAUAAGCUACUGCAUAUCAAAGAGUUUUUUCACAAAGAGCAGCCGGCUGGGGAGAGAACUCCAUUGCUCCUGUAACCUGCCAAAUAACUGAUGGGAACAGAGGGGAAGAAUUUGGGUAUGGUGAGAUGAGUUAUAACCAACGAACCAGCCACUGGUGCAGGAUUUCCCCACUGCCAACUUGUCCUGUUUAAGAGGAUUGUAUUUGCCCAACCUGGGAGAAAGUUAUCUGUCCAGUACACUACAUGCUGUUUUGUGACACUCUCCUCAAUGGCCUGCUCAGCCUGCUGUAACGUGUAUGUCUAGCUGCACGAUCUUGUACUAAUGGUCAGGUACAGGUAUUUAUCUUGUGGUGAUCUAGUUUGAUGCUUAGGUAUGUGAAGUAUAAAACAGCCCUUAGAAACCAACCUGUACAGUGCUGGUUCUUCCCCCACUGUGUGGAAACCCCUUCUGAAAUAUUGUCUGGCCCACUCCUGAAGCUGAGCAGUCUGUCAGAUUUGUGAGGUAUAAUUCUAUAAGGACCAUACACAGGAGGAGUUCUAGCAGGUGCUGAAGUAUUGCCUUCCAAUAUAGGUACAAAAUGCGUGGCUGCAGGCAAUAGUUUCUAAGAAGUAUUACUGAACCUUACAAGCUAAACUAAGUGACUCAGAUUUAAACUGCACUGAAUUAACUGUUGUAAGUGUGCACACUGUGGCUCAGGAUGUGGAUCUGAAAAAAGAAGACUUUCUUCCUUGCUUUUGGAUGGUUCUGUAGCAAGCUGCUCAUCUGGUCUCUGUGCAGAGAUGACUGCUAAGAGAACACAAGAGGUUUUCCUCCUUGUUUGCUUUCUGAACAGCCUGUAACUUGUUUCUGCUCUGGUAUCUCUUUUUUGAUGGUGCUUUCAUAAAAAAAGCCAACCCUAAAUAAGCUCUUUGUAGCCAACAGCGGGAUUUUUUCUUGGAUUUGGUUGAAACACUAACUAUUUUUAUUUUUAAUCAAUAUAUAUUUUAAUUUUGCCUAUAAAGAAUGAAAACAGCUGACCAGGAUCCUUGCUGAUUGAAUGUGUUCCUUACCAAUUUGGAUUGCAACUGCCCAAAGCAGAAUAUGGUAUAUAGAAUAUGGCAAAACCAGAUAAGGGACCGCUCUUGUGUUUGGCAAAGGAUUGUGAUCUCGUGCAGUGGCUUGAUUCACUUCCUUAAAAACGAAACGGACAGCCAUUUUCAAAAUGCGAACAGGAGCAUUGUGGUUUUGGUUCACGUGAAUGCACAAGCAGUCCUGAGCCUGUCCUUGGUUUUACCUGCCCUUGCCCUCCAUGCCCAGUCCUGGUCUUCAUGUUCAGUGUUUACAUGAUGAUGUGUCAUGUGUUAAAUGAUGGUCAAAGCCUUGCAUUUGUAGUUUGAUACACACUGAGGUGGCUCUUAUUAUUCUCACUACCUUUGUACCUCUAGUGCGGCAGGAAAGUGCACAGCCCUUCCUCCGUGAAGGUGAAUGGCUGUUCUGCUACCUGAAUGGAACCAUCAGGAGUGUGUACCCUGGUGGGGGAAACUUAAGUUCUUGGCCACCACAUUCAAUUCUUGGCAGUAAGUAUAUAAGAAAUAACUCUCUGUAAGGAAACUGGCGAAAGAACUUUAUCUGGAAACUCAGUUGUAAGUUUAAACACCCUGGUGAUACAAAGGAAUUCAUGACUUUAAAGUGACUCUGCUUACCAGCCAUUUUUCUUAAGGAAUGAAAGCUAAAUGACAUAGUAUCUGAGAUGACCGAGCUGAUCUGAUGUUUGGAGAGGUGAAUCCCAUGAUUGCUUGGAGCUGGAAUAUCUGCCUCAAAGAGCAGAGCAAGGCUGAAGUCCUGCAGUUUGAGUGUUGCUUCACUGUGCUGAUCUGUGGCACAUAGCGGUAAAUGAGGAGCAAUUUCGCUGGCCUCGGGCAGGCUGAUGCUCGCUGACUGCCUUUGUUGCACUGAUUCUGAGCGUGUUUUUGCUGUAUUCGAUGUGUAGCAAACACUUAUUUGGUAUACAAAUGCUCUUAAACAUGUUUACCUUGUUUCUUUU